CCUACACACACACACACACACACACACACACCCACACAUUGGUGAUUGGUUCUGGUUUUCAGCUCUUUGAUUAGUCAGAUAAUACACACACACUGACACACUGACACAAAUAUGAGACCACACACUCUGUCACUAUCACACAGACAGUUUUCUCGACUUUCACAAGUGUACCCACAGACGUUGGCUGCUGCAGGUUGCACAUGUUGGUGCACGGAGGUGUGAAGACAGGACUGACCACAGGGGGAGGAGUCACCAUCUGAUCAGAGUUGAGCUGAAGGUCUGAAACCUUCUCAUCCUGAGCAGCUCUGCUUCUUUAACUCUGUGUAUCUCUGCCAUGAGGAACGGUGACAUGCUGCUGCUGGGUUUGCUCCUGUGCUGGACUCUACCUGUGGACUCCAUGAAGAUCCGUGUCAGCCUCGCGUCUCCGCGGGUGAAGCGGACCGCCUCCAUGAGCAUGGCGACACACGCAGUGGACGACAUGUACUCCGGCUGCAACGGGUCCAUGAGCCGACAGGUGACAGACUCUUACUUCGAGAGAGAGAACUCUGGAGCGUUCGCUCGUGUCUGGAGGAAAGCUGAACCCUGUGCGAACAAAAGACUGAGGGAGAAGAGUGAGGGGGACGAGGCUCUGACAAAAAACCACCUGAGAGCUAUCUGUGUGUACACCGCCAACCACGAGCAUUUCUACAAGACGUUCAACGAUCAUGUGAGGAGUGACAUGAGCAAAUACACCACCUCCUUCCCCUUUCACUCCCUGCACUUCUGGCUGACGUCUGCUGUGCAGAUUCUCAGUGACAAUAUGAAGUGUCACACCACGUACCGAAGAACCGAGCUCCAGUUCACCGCACAGGUCGGACACGUCGUCCGCUUCGGUUUCUUUGCCUCCAGCUCCUUCAAAACAAGCCUGACCCACUUCGGUCAUAAGACCUGCUUUCAGAUUAAAACCUGUGCAGGUGCUUUCCUCAAGCAUUACUCAGCCAUUAGACUUGAGGAGCAGGAGGUACUCAUCCCGCCCUACGAGAUGUUCAGGGUCACGAUGGGUCCUCCAGGCAAAGGUCUGGGGGACUGUGACAUCGUCCACAUUCUGCAGAGCGCAGGAGUUCACAGCAACGUGAACUGUAAAGCUGCGUACGCGUCACACAGCAGAGCUUCCACUGGUCGAGCAAAGUGACAACGUUUCCUCGUCACAUUUCAAACUAUGAGCUUUUCUGUGCGGGUGGUUGUGGGUUUGUGUGACAGUAGAGAGGCAAACAGGAAACACGGGCAAAGAGAAGCAGCUGGAACCAAACUGAGAACACUGUGGUUUCCCAGUGUAACACUCAGCUACCAGACCUGCUAACAUCCAAACUCAUUACAGCUUAUCUAGGCAUUCCCAACCCUUUUUACUGCUGCAGGUCUCAAUAGCUUCUUUUUACAUUUAUACUUUUAUACAGUUAUACAGUUAUACAUACAGAGUCAGUGAUGAUGGUUUUAAAAUGAUCUCUAUGUGUAACAGAUAUUUUUGUGUGGACAUUUUCUUUGUAAAAUCAAUAAAUUUGUCACACAGUAAAAAGUGGAUUGGCUUUGUUUUGCUGUCUUCGUUGAGUAGAAUGAGAUAUCUAUCUAUCUAUCUAUCUAUCUAUCUAUCUAUCUAUCUAUCUAUCUAUCUAUCUAUCUAUCUAUCUAUCUAUCUAUCCAUCCAUCUAUCUAUCCAUCUAUCUAU